AUGAUCGAUCGGGACGACUCAAGGCGGGGCGGCCUCGAGAUGCUCUUCUCGGACCAACGGCAACACAAGCUCGUCAUCCCCGCCCACGACAAGGACAGCAAGCCCGUCACCAUCGCCUACCUCAUCGACCACCUCUGCCAGCACGUCAUGAAGGACAGCAGGAAAGAGCUCUUCGUCCUGGACAACCACAUCCGCCCGGGAAUCCUUGUCCUGAUCAACGACGCGGACUGGGAACUAGAGGGCGAGGAAUCGUACGAGCUCCAGGGCGGUGACAACAUCCUCUUCGUGUCGACUCUGCACGGUGGCUAG